AUGAACUUUGGAGAUAUGCAGGUAAAUAACAUCAAUUCAUCGCACCAUUCUUCUCAAGCAUAUUCUGCAUUUUGUUUAUAUGGAAACACUGGAAAAGGAAAAUUAAAUGAAUCCACAAUAUUUAAUUGUAGUUCCCCUAACGCUGGUCCUAUUUUUCUACUUGGUGAUUUUGAUGUUAAUCGUUGCAUUUUUAAAAGAAACAAAUCAUAUAAUGAGAUUAUUUGUGAUGGUGAAAAUAUUUUUAAUAAAUGUUGUUUUAUUGAAAAUAUAGGAUCGGGAAUAUUCAUGUUUAAUUCAUAUGUUACAGAUUGCUAUUUUGCAGAUAAUCAAGUAACAUACACUUGUUUCUAUUAUCCAGAAGUAAGUUAUUCCCAAGCAGAUGAAUUUGAUUUAAAUUUAAAACAUUUAUUAUUACCAGAAUCAUGCGAAAAUGGACUUCAAGAGCAAAAUGAGGAAAACAAAAUUAUCGGAAUAGCCAAAGGUAUUAAAACCAUUGCAAAAUUAAUACGUUGUGCUUCAUCUCUCCAUGCAAUGAAUUAUUCUUUUCUUACUUUUUGA